GGGGGGGGGGGGGGGAUACAGGGAUUUUUUUUAAAAAAAAAUUUUUUUCUCCGAAUUAUUCACAACAUAGAUAAAUCGACUCAGUUUUUAACGGUGAUUCUGAAUCUGAUAUUAGUUUUGAACCAAAUCGAGCUUUCUAAGAAAACAUCGCCUGAAAAAGGUCUAAAAAUGCACAAAAAUUGCAUACAGAAAGCAAAUUGCCUAAAUAUGUCUCAGUUGAUAAAAAACAAAGUGAAUAUACCUCUUCACUUUUUCAAGUACACAUAACACUCGGAUUUAAAGCCGAGGUUUUCGCAUUUAUUUUUUGUUACAUAUUAUUAUUUUGGUGUUUCAUUUAAGAUCGGAUCAAAUAGAGACGAAUUUUAAAGAAUAAUAUAUCAAGCAAAAAUUGCAUGAACAGAGCCACAACAUGACCAUAGUUCUUAUGUUUGUUUUUAUUUUUAGUUUUGUAUUUAAUUUUAAUUUGCUUGUCUUUUAGUGCUAUCGGUAAAACGAUCAUAUGCUAGUCCAUCGCAGUUAGUUAGUUAG